GAGUGAGCCAUGGACUCUGAUGGAGGGAAGGGAAAAGCGCAGAUUCCAAAAUUUGGCAGCUUCAAGCCGCGACCCGUAGCCCCAGCGCGAGACCGUCAGAGCGGAGACGAAAAAAAGUUCUCAAGAGAGGCCUCGAGUAGUCGGCAUGGAGCUAAAGAAUCCGCUAGCUCAUCAAGACAUGACCGUCGAAGGGAAGGCAGACGAGAAGCGAGGGCUCGUACCAGUAGGCCUCCGCGCGAGAAACCUGCGGACAGAUUGAAAACCCAGGGUGCGCAGGAUGAGACAAAUCUCUACGUGCUUGAUCCUACAGGUGAUCCAUAUACCUUGAUCUAUGGGUCUCUCCAUAAGUACGACAUUCCCCGAUACUAUCGCUUUGGCGCAGGCAGAGUUCUAGGGCUUCCCACAGCUUACACCAUCGAUCAAGACCUCAGCAGUGAUUCAAAGAUAGUGAUAAAGCUAAGAGAGGCUGCAGAAGAUACAUCGCAGCGCAAUCACAAGAUGCUCUGGAAAUCGGCUGCAAAAUUGACAAAUCCGCGGCGCUUGCUACCCCGUCCAGUUGAAACACCAGAACUGGAGCGGGAUUUUCUUCCACUGAGUGAAGGCGGGAGUAGAAAAAGACGGCGCGUAGCAGAUGGGUACUACGACACUGGCUACGCGGUGACGGUAACCGAAGAGGAGAAACUCCCCGACUACCGAUCGAUUGAAGGAAAAGCUAAACCCGAACAAGAAUCUGAUGAUGAGACCGAUGUGGGGUCAGACUGGAGUCUAGAGUCGGACGGCGAAGGUGCUAGACUACAGAAUGCUCGGCUAUUCUCAAGUGCAAAUGACAAUCCGGACAACGUGGAAGGCUGGCUCCGGCUUAUCGACCAUCAAGAGAAGAUGGUUGGUUUCACGGACAGAGAGGGCUAUCGAAAGCAUACGCUCGCCGAGAAAAGAGGUAUUGCUGAUAUGAAGGUAUCAUUAUAUGAGAAAGCUUUGAAAAUUAUUUCUACCAAAGUUCCACGAGACAGGCUUUUGCUGGGAAUGAUGGAAGAGGGCUCUCUACUUUGGGACCAAAAGACUCUAUUGGACAAAUGGAAGUCUAUUUUGCAGUUCAACUCGCGCUACAUCUCUCUCUGGAUUAAAUAUUUGGACGUUCAGCAAACCACGUUUAACAAUUUCACCUAUGAGAAGUGUCGAUCGGUAUUCUUAGAGUGCUUGAGAGUCAACGAAAACCAACCUGAUAGCACGGAGAAACAGAUAAUUAGCCUUUAUAUCCUUCUGCGUCUUAGUCUGUUUAUGAGAGAAGCUGGCUUUAUUGAGCACUCAAUUGGCCUUUGGCAAGCCUUACUAGAAUAUAACUUUUGUCGCCCGCAAGACCUCAAUCCAACAACUAAUCGAGCGUCCACUGUUUCAGCAUUUUCCGAGUUUUGGGAGACUGAGGCUCCCAGAAUCGGUGAAGUGGGAUCAAAAGGUUGGGACAGGUCUACUGAAGACUCACCAGACCCGAAGAGAGAUCUUAGUGUACCAGAUGUCAAUAUCAAAGAUGUCUUUGGCUCUUGGGGGAAUAUUGAGCAAACCUUGAUAUCCUCUUCAUUUUUACCAGCUAGGACACUGGACGAAGUGCAAGAAGAUGACCCUUAUCGAGUAGUCCUGUUUUCUGAUAUUUCUGAGUUCCUUAUUCAAUUAUCAGAUCCUCCUAUGCUCCACUUACUCGUGGAUGCUUUUCUCAUAUUUUGUCGCCUGCCGACAAUAUUGAACGAAGGUAGCGAAAGAACGUCUACUUGGCAUAUAGAUCCUUUUCUGUCAAACAGGAGUCUAGAUGACAUGCGCAGGUCUCCUUCAGAAUGGUUCGCUUACAUCACCUCAAAAGACGAAGAAAUAGAGGGACAUUCACCGUUUUCAUUUCCCUGUUCGUCUUUCAGGAAUGGCUUCGAUACGCUGUUUGGCGAUGGAAAGCACUGGUUCUCAACCUUUCAAUCUUGGAAAACCACUUACCUGGGGAGAAAUAGCCCGAUUGAUGUCGAGUGGGUUCGGAGGUCCUUGAAAAUGCUAGUCUCAAAAAUGCCGGAUAACGACCACUUCGCAUCCUACAUUAUUGCCUUUGAGUACAGUGUUGACCCCAGAGAGGCGAAAAAGUACGCGAAAAGCCUCUUGAAGCAGCGCCCUUCCAGUAUCAGACUAUACAACUCCUAUGCCCUUAUUGAGGCUAGGAAUGGUCAGCUUGCAGCUGCAGAGAAAGUCUGGACAACCACCCUUUCCAUGAGCCAAAGUUUCUCUAAGGAGGCAGCACUUGACUGUAUUCUUCUUUGGCACAGCUGGGUAUGGGAAUUUCUUGACAGCCGGAACCAUAAAAAAGCUACUCGUUUACUAGUUGCGGUUCCAAAAAGUACCUUCAGCCCAGAUUCUUCUAUGGAAACUGGGGCUAGUGGCGUUGUGGUCAGUUCGACAGAGCUGCUAAAGGCGAGGAGAGUAUGUAUUUGUUAUGUUCUUAUAACCCACUAUCGAAACAUUGCUAACCCUUUGAUAGUACCUGAGUGAUAUCCAAGCUCAUGGGCUUACAUUCCGCAAUCCAGACAUAUUUGUAUAUGCUACUGACUGCUUAGCCCUGUUGCUCUAUCUUUCGCAAGAUCAAGCGCUUUCAGAAGCCCUCGAAGCGUACGAUAACGCAGAACAGCGUCUUGAAUCCCAGAAUCUGGAUAAAGCAACCUUCUUGGAACCUGUCCAUCAAGCAAAGGCCAGGUUGCUGUAUCACCACAUCAUUGAAAACCGCGUAUAUAAGCCUUCACAAGUUCGCGAUGAGUUGUACAAGAGCAUCUUGCUCUUCCCACGAAACACAAUCUUCCUGAGUCUCUUCGGCUUUAACGAAGCUCGAUUCCGAAUUGAAAACCGCGUUCGCUCACUUCUCACCCGCCAAGUCCUGGAGCCAGCUGGGAGUGGCCGAUCUAUUGAGAAACAGGCAACCCUUAUUCCUCACCUGUUCUUAGUAUACUCUGAACUUCACAGGGGUGUCUCUGCCGGCUCCACAGCUCAUUCCGUCCGCGCUGCCUUUGAGUCGGCCGUGUCUUCACAACCAGGCCGACACAGUGCCGGGCUAUGGAAAUUAUUCGUUCAAUUCGAGCUAACACUUGGUGAGACUGAGAAGGGACGUCAAGUGUUUUUCCGCUCGAUUCGAGCAUGUCCUUGGUCCAAACAAUUGGUUCUUUUGGCGUUCACUGAGCCAAGCCUUAGAAAGUCAAUGAGAUUUGGGGACUUGAGAAAGGUCUUCAACGUGUUUGUAGAGAAAGAGUUGAGGGUCCAUGUUGACCUGGAGGAGUGGCUUGAGGAGAACGAAGCACAUAUCAGGCCGCAUGAUAGUAGUGUAGAGCUGAAGCCUCUGAUUACCAUGCCUGACGAUAGAAGCUCAGAUGAGGAUUAAAUUAGUUUUGCAACCUUCAAGUCCAGCACUGUAUGCUAGUCUUAAUUAAUUGGUCAGAAAUUACCAACGAUGGAGUGAAAGGCAUCAUCGAUGUUCACCAAAGAGAUGGUGGUGGGACAAAGCUGCUGCAAACAGAGGUACCACGAUCCAAUGCUAUCCACACAUUUUUUGUUUAUCGAGUAAUAUCUGAUUCGAAGUAGGAUAUCUUUCCACGCCCGACUGCUUCAUCUACAUAGUAUAUCCCUAUAUCUCGUCAACAGUUUCUCGGGUCGAACCUACAAGUAGGGAGUAAUGCUGCCUAGAUAUAUGACCUGUCAAUGGAUCGUUUUCGGGCUAAGACUGAGGGAUUCAUAAGAGGCAGAGGUUUGACCCCAGCUCAAUCACGCAGUAGAGCUCAAGUUGCAGUUGGCAUUGAAUCCAAACGAGAUAAUUGUCUCGUCAAAAAGCUUUCUCUUUCCAUUCCCUCUUUUCUCUCUCCACCCGCUCUCCGUUAUUCCUAAUGGAUAUGCAGGACCUGUGGUGGAAACACCAGUUUUGUACAAGAGCAAUCGCCGCAUCCCUGGAAGGGCAGAGUAAGCCUCUAGAUGAAGGUCUAGAUAGGUUCGGCGACGACUCCAAAGCCCUCGAAGAUAACAAUUAAGGUACCGGAUAUUAAACUCGCGGGGGAGGAUGUGGUGCACCGAUUGCUUCAGUUGAUGCG